AUGGCGCCGCCGCCGUUAUCCUCCAAAAAACGCAAGGUUCUGGAUGGCAUGAAUGGAAAGAUUACGCGACCGAAGAAGAAGAUCAAGAAACAGCUCGAGUAUCACAGCAGCUCCGACGAGGAGGAGACCACCGCAGAUAAUAAAGCCGAUUUCGCUCCAGUCAAUUUGCUGGACUCGGACGCAGAGGACGGGAAUUCUGCAGGGGGGAAGAAAGAGAGCGACAAGUCAGCCACAGUUGGCAAAGAUUCAGCGAUAUCGAAGAAGCCUUCCAAGCAAAAGCAGCAGCAACAACAGGAAGAAGAGAAAGACGACAGUGAUGAUGAUAGUGAUACGAACGCCUCGAGAGACGACUCUGAAAGCGACGACGAUGGCGAUGAUGAGUCCGGCUCGGAUGCUUCCCCUGAAGACGACAGCUCCGGUGACGAGUCUUCCAACGAUGGAAAGACCAACGACGACAAGAAUAAUACCAACCAGAGGCGUGUUCCCAAACGCAAUGAUCCCGCCGCCUUCUCGACUUCCAUUUCGAAGAUUCUGAAUACCAAACUACCCACGUCUGCACGCGCAGAUCCCGUCCUGUCUCGCAGCAAGGCCGCUGCACAAACGACGUCAGAACUCGCCAAUGAGAAACUGGAGAAACAGGCCCGCGCCAAGUUGCGCGCCGAGAAGAAGGAGGAGCUCGAACGGGGUCGGAUCCGCGACGUGCUGGGCAUCGAGAGUGGGCGGGCCGGUGAGACGGCCGAGGAGGAGAAGCGAUUGCGAAAGAUCGCCCAGCGCGGUGUGAUAAAGCUGUUCAACGCCGUCCGGGCAGCACAGGUCCGUGCAGAGGAGGCUGCUAAGGAGGAACAGCGGAAGGGCACGAUCGGGAUGGAUGAGAGGAAGAAGACCGUUAACGAGGUCAGCAAGCAAGGGUUCCUGGAGCUCAUCAAUAGCAAGAAAGGGAAGCCAGUGACCAUUGAAGAGGCUUGA